CUCGUGGCGCUUUCCUUCAGCGGAGCCAUCGGCCUCACCUUCCUCAUGCUGGGCUGCGCCCUGGAGUACUACGGGGUGUACUGGCCGCUCUUCGUCCUGCUCUUCUACUUCGUCUGCCCCAUUCCGCACUUCAUCGCCAAGCGCGUGAGCGAGGACAGCGAGGCGGCCAGCAGCGCCUGCAGGGAGCUCGCCUACUUCUUCACCACCGGCAUCGUGGUCUCUGCCUUCGGCUUCCCCAUCAUCCUGGCGCGCGUCGAGGCC